CAUAAUUAAAAAGUGAAAGCUCCAACAGAAAAAGAGGAGGGAGCAGAUGUUGUUACUUUAUUUUUCAUGUAUGGAACACUUUUUGAAUGGGAAAUAACUAAGAGCCAAGCAAUAAAAAUGAAGCAGAGGAUCGUGAAAUUUUCAAUAGCAAUCUCAUGAAAGAAUUAUGCUUAAGGUUAUAUGAGUAUUUAAAGAAUGAUGUGAUUUGCUAAUUGAAUAAGAUGAGGAAUUAAUAAAGUAGGGUUAGAGGAAAAAAUAGAUAGUAUAGUUUAUUAUAUUUAUGUAAGGCAAUUUGACGAUUUCAAUUAAAAGUGAUUAAUAAUUAACCUCUAAGUUGAUGGAAAUUUAUUUAUCAUCAAAAAAUUGAAUUGCAUCAGUUUCAUCAUUGUUGCAAAUUUUGGAAGCUGGAUAUUAGAAAUAAUUAAUUAUAAUCAGAAAAUAU